CCACACAACCUCGUGGGUUAGGACAUCCGGUUCAUACCAGAUCUAGAUCCACACAACCUCGUGGGAUAGGACAUCCGGUUCAUACCAGAUCUAGAUCCACACAACCUCGUGGGUUAGGACAUCCGGUUCAUACCAGAUCUAGAUCCAACAAAACGAGGGAGCGGAGCCACUAGAUAAUACCUAACAACAACUUCUUACAUCGACCAUCGUUGUGGAAGUUAGUUCCAGCCGCCACCAUUGCGUACUUCCGUCUUAUCGGCAUCCAACAAGAAUUUGACACCAUGCAAAGCAUUAGCCGAAUUUCCAACACCCCCAUCUCCAUGAUAUGUGUCAUGUUUGGACUCCAAGGCUGGGCAGACCUACCAGUUGAGCUAUUGCACUCCAUCAUUGUCAAGUUGGGUUCAACCCGCGACCUUCUUGCAUUCACCUCCACAUGUCCCAGUUGGCAUUCUGCAUUCAUGUCUAUCAGAUCUACCUUAGGUGCACUCUUCCCACCUCUUAUUUUUAGGAUUUGUGCCACCCAAACAAGCACGGAUGACUCCACCAUUCGACACACAUGGGAGCUCAUUGAUAUCUCCUAUCCAAGUAAUCCUUUGCGUCGCUUGAGUCCCCCAUGUAUAUUGGACACAAUGACACCUGUAGAAUGCUCUUAUGGUCAUAUCAUUUUCUCCUUUGGCAGAUCCCAUGUCAUUAUGGACAUCUUAACUGGCACUACAAUUUCAGCUCCACCUUGUCCACUGACUCAACUAUGCUAUAGAGCCUUCAUAACUCCACACGCAUCACAAGAUUCUUAUCUCUUUGUCACUGGCCCACAUUGCCUAUUUGCUUGGCGAGUCGGGAGCCCGUCUUGGUUGCACUGUGAUUAUAUAAAUGCGCAUGUGAUUCAACAGAUUGUGACCUUCAGAGGUCGAGUCUUUGCUAGGACACGCCAUAAUUUGUACGUCGUGCACUUGACACCUGAACUCUGCAUCGAGGCACUUAAAGUUGUUUGUGGCGAGAAUAGGGGCCCAUCCAAGCUUUGUGGGAAGUUGGUGGCAUGUGAAGACAUGAUUCUCAUGCUUGAUGAUUGGGAAGCCUUCUUCCUCGACUUGUCUGCUGAACCUAUUAAAUAUCUGAAACUCGAAGAUGAAUGCUUGGAGAAGAAGGCAUUCUUCUUCACCAGGGGAGGCCCUGGCCAACCACGACAUAACAUGAAUCCAGAGAGGAUUGGAUUAAGGGGUAGCCAUGUAUACUAUUUGGAUCGCGAGGCUCAAGUACAUUCACACUCAGCAGUUGACCAACAUGAUGUGGGGUUCCCACAGGAACCAAACCUUGCAACACUGAACAACUACAUUUUACGCAAGCCUGCAAUAUUCACGGCUUGGGUAUGAGAUCCCAUCGGUGUAAGUUGUAACUAUGUCCUUUGUCAAUGCAUGGGGUUUGAUGAACCCUUAUUGUUUCCGCUCCUCGGAUAGACUCAGCUCCGAGAGUUUCAUAAAGAUUUGGAUAAUGCAUAUUGCUAUUUUAUUGAACUAUGUUAAUUACUUCCCUUUUGAA